UUUGUUUUGACAUUAAAUGAACGUCAUUGUCAACUUUAUAUCAACCAAUAUUUCGAAAAACAUUAACUUGAAAAUAAAUAUGUUUUUCACAAGUGUAUAAUUAAAUAAAGACUGGUUAACGAGAUAUUUUCUAUUAAAAUGUCACUAGAACAAACUGCUUGCGAUGAUGCUCUUACAGACUUGAAGGCGUUCGAACGUCGGCUAACAGAAGUUAUAGCAUGCCUUCAACCUGCCACUAUGAGAUGGAGAAUUUUGUUAGCGGUUGUGUCUAUCUGCACAGCGAUAGCAGCAUGGCACUGGUUGACAGAUCCUCUAACACCUGUGGUAUCUCUGACACAAUCGCUGUGGAACCAUCCAUUCUUUGCAUUUACAUCUACUUUCUUAGUACUGCUGUUCAUGUUGGGCGUGCAUAGGAAGGUGAUAGCGCCCAGUAUAAUUACAGCUCGCACUCGUUCCGUUUUAAAUGAUUUCAACAUGUCCUGUGACGAAACUGGCAAGUUAAUUCUAAAGCCGAGACCUGCAAAUAAUUGAUUGGCAAGCAUAUCAAACUUUUGUAAAUAUUAUAUAAGUAUUAAAUGUUUUUGUAAAUUUAUUUAAUAAAUAAAACACAAUUUAUUAGA